AGAAUAGAAUUCUGGGAGGAAGAGGAAGUGAGGUCAGACUCUGCUCUGCUCCUGGAGAGACUCGACAGCUCUGCUCUCUGAAGCAGAGACGCCAGGCUCUGCUCUCCCAGGCAACUCUGACCCAGGAUGGAUGUAGGCUAGAAUCUUCCCGUGUGCUGAACUCCAGAAUUCAAGUGCCACCUGCUGAUCCUCUGAUAUGGCCAUGGGCCUCUGAUAGCAAAAGCAGACUCUGGUUCCUUUCUGCCAAUAUUUACAUUCAAAGCAAUCCUGAGCAGAAACCAAAGGUUAUAUUUGAUGAGAUCAAGAGCUGAGCCACCACCAUUUGAAACGAAACUCUGAAUUUAACCAAGAUGUCUGUGAAAAUGACAGCAGCCCUGCUCCUGCUACAGCUGAGUGGCUUCUUUGGAUCUGGGAAUGCUGGGAAGGUGCUGGUGUGGCCAAUGGAAUACAGCCAUUGGCUCAAUUUAAGGAUAAUCCUAGAUGAGCUUGUGAAGAAGGGUCAUGAAGUGACUGUUCUGAGACCCUCAUCUUCCCUUUCUUAUGAGGUUGAUAACACAUCUGCUAUUGAAUUUGAAACAUAUCCUUCAUCAUAUUCCACGGCUGAUGUAAAGGAACUUUUCAUGGAGUCAAUUAGGAAACAAAUUUAUGAGAUGUCAAAGAAGUCAUUUUGGAUAUACUUUUUAAUGUUGCAAGACGUGGUUUGGUUAUAUUCAGACUAUUUUGAAAGUCUCUGCAAAGAUGUAGUUUUUAACAAGGAUCUCAUGACAAAACUACAAAAUUCAAGCUUUGAUGUCAUAGUAGCAGAUCCCUUCAUACCCUGUGGUGACCUGCUGGCUGAGAUUCUCAAGGUACCUCUGGUGUACAGUCUCCGAUUCUUUCCUGGCUCCACACAUGAGAAGUACAGUGGAAGACUGCCACUACCUCCUUCCUAUGUGCCUCCUGCUAUGUCACAAUUGAGUGAUCGAUUGACAUUCACGGAGAGGGUGCAAAAUCUGAUCUAUGUGUUUUAUUUUGACUUUUGGUUCCAAACAUUUAACGAGAAGAAGUGGAAUCAGUUUUACAGUGAAGUGUUGGUAGCAGAUCCCUUCGUGCCCUGUGGUGACCUACUGGCUGAGAUUCUCAAGAUACCUCUGGUGUACAGUCUCCGAUUCUUUCCUGGCUCCACAUAUGAGAAGUACAGUGGAGGACUGCCACUGCCUCCUUCCUAUGUGCCUGUUGCUAUGUCAGAAUUGAGUGAUCGAAUGACAUUCAUCGAGAGGGUACAAAAUCUGAUCUAUGUGCUUGCUUUUGACUUUUGGUUCCAAAUAUUUAAUGAGAAGAAUUGGAAUCAGCUUUACAGUGAAGUCUUGGGAAGACCUACAACACUCUCUGAGAUGAUGGGGAAGGCAGAUAUAUGGCUCAUUCGAACCUAUUGGGAUUUGGAAUUUCCCCACCCUGUCUUACCAAACUUUGAUUAUGUUGGAGGACUCCACUGCAAACCUGCCAAGCCUCUGCCAAAGGAAAUAGAAGACUUUGUCCAGUCUUCCAGAGAACAUGGUGUGGUAGUGUUUUCUCUGGGGUCCAUGGUGGGUACCCUAACAGAAGAAAGAGCCAAUAUGAUUGCAGCAGGCCUUGCCCAGAUUCCACAGAAGGUUCUUUGGCGAUUUGAAGGCAAGAAGCCAGACACCUUGGGCUCCAACACUCGGCUGUACAAAUGGAUCCCCCAGAAUGAUCUUCUCGGUCAUCCUAAAACCAGAGCUUUUAUUACUCAUGGUGGCACCAAUGGCAUCUAUGAGGCGAUCUACCAUGGGAUCCCUGUGGUGGGCAUUCCUUUGUUUGGAGACCAAUUUGAUAAUGUUGUUCACAUGAAGACCAAAGGAGCAGGGGUUCAAGUGAACUUUCUCACAAUGUCCAGCACAGAUUUGCUCCAUGCUGUGAAGACAGUCAUUAACGACCCUUCCUAUAAGGAGAAUGCCAUGCGGCUAUCAAGAAUCCACCACGACCAGCCAGUAAAGCCCCUGGACAGAGCCGUCUUCUGGAUUGAGUAUGUCAUGCGCCACAAGGGAGCCAAGCACCUUCGUGUGGCAGCGCAUGACCUCACCUGGUACCAGUACCACUCUCUGGAUGUGCUUGGAUUCCUGCUUGCCUGUGUGCUGACUGUGAUGUUCGUCAUCACAAAGUGUUGCCUCUUUUGCUGCCAGAGAUUUACUAAAUCUGGAAAGAAGAAGAAAAGGGAGUAGCUGAAGUGAGGAGGAUUGACACAUAGACCUCCUCCAGUGCAUCACAGCAGGGGAGGAUUUCCAUCAUAUCCCUUAGCCACAACUGACCCGGACACUGUCACUCUUAUUUCAGCCUCUUGAAGUAGACUUGAGCUUUCAAAAAUUCCAUUUUUUCUCACUUAUAGAGCACAUGGAUGACAAGACCACAGUUUUUUAAGUCUCAACAACACCUAACUCAAAUUAUAAUUUAAAUCUGAAAUGUCCCCCACAAACUCACAGUUUGUUUGGUAGAUUUUGUAUUGUUUAUUAAUUUAUAAUUUCUUACCUUGAUUCAGUAAAAUAUUAAAUUCAUCUCUCAUGAUCACAUUCCUACUUCCCACUGGUUCUCCUCUAAUAUGUCCCAAUUCCAAUUAUGUCCUCUUUAUUUUUAAUAACCCUGUAAGUCCAAUUAGGACUGACAAUAAGACAUAGAUUUCCUUUAUGAUGUAAAAGCUCCUAUGAUUAGCUUCCGACAUUUUAGUAGCAAUACAAACAAGCUGUUGCUAGGAAUCAACGAAAUAGGAAGAGAGCUGAAACUGGCCAAGCAAGUUCCCCAUAUAUUUGCAAACAGAUUAUGCCAAAAUCUCCAAGCAACAGGCCUGAGCUAUAAAGGCAGCACUGGCCAAAAGAAAUCAUUGCUUACAAGGGUUAAAAGAACACUGAAUGUUCACAAGAAAAAAAUUAUAGGACAACAGAAGCAGACUCUGGCUCCUGCCAAUACUCCUGAUCUGAAACCAAAGUUCACAUUAGAUAAGGUCAAGCCAGUUCAGGGUGGUGUGGUCAUUCCAAGGUUCACUUUAAACACUCUUUCUGCCUUGGUUAUCUCUUAAUUCAAGUUUCUGCAUAGCUAGAAUUUAAAGACAUAUUGCCCCAUUAGUUUCCAUACGGUAGUUUUAAAUUUUAUAUAUUUUAUAGAAUUUGCUUUAUAAUGGAAUCCUAAUAUCUCUCCAAGCCUACUUGCUUGGGAUUCCAUUUUAGAUUCCUAUUUUUAAAACUUAUUUGUUGACAUAUGCUGUAUGAGAGUUUUCUCAGCAUGUAUAAGAGUGUACCACAUGCAUGGUUGGUGUAUUAAAAAGCUAGAAGAUGGCAUAUUUAAUUCUGUGUUACAGAUGUCUGUGAGACAUGUGGGAGCUGGGAAUCUAACUGGGUUAACUGAGUCCUCUGAAAAAGCAACCGUCCCUCUUAACUGCUGCGCCAAUACUUCAGCUCCAGUGUUUGAUGAGAAAAUUACGUUUCUUCAUCAUUUUUAUUCUUUAUUUUCUUUUAUCCUUUUCUUCCAUUUGUUCUCCUUGUGAAUGAUUAUUUGUAUUCUUGAGACACACUCUCAUUAUGCAGCUCCAGGCAUUCUCAAAUCCUCCAGGUAGCCCAGGUUAGCCUUGAACUCAUAGAGAUCCUCUUGCAUCUGCCGCUUGAAUGCUGGGAUUAAAGUUGUAUGCCUUCUUGCCUGGGUAACCUAAACUUCUUUUUAUUUUUAUUUUCUAAUUACUUUAUGUAGUCAGACACUGGUGGCACAACCCUUUAGUCCCAGCACUCUGGAGGCAGAUACAAGGCAAUCUCUGUGAGCUCAAGACCAGCUAGUAGUACAGAAUGAAUUCCAUAAGAGCCAAGGCUAUACACACACAUACACACACACACACACACACACACACACACCAUCUCAAAAGCCCAAAAAGAAAAAAAUUAUUUCAUGUAAGAAAUAUAAAUGAAAAAAAAAGAAAAAGAAAAAGAAAAAAAACAUGGUGGUGCAUGCUUUUAACCCCAGCACUCCAGAGCCAAAGGCAGAUGGAUCUCUGACUUCCAAUCCAGCUUAGUCUACAGAGAGAGAGUUCUAGGACAGCCAAGGCUACAUGAGCAACUCUCUCUCAAAAAUAGAUAGAUGAUAGAUAGAUAGAUAGAUAGAUAGAUAGAUAGAUAGGUAGGUAGAUAGAUAGAUAGAUAGAUAGAUAGAUAGAUAGAUAGAUAGAUAGAUAGAGAUAGAUAGACAGAUAUACAGACAGAUAGAUAAUUUGUUUUAACAUAUAAACAUAUAUGAACAUAUAUGUAUGUAUUUAUGUCUAGAAUUCCUAUUCUUGUUACAAUGUUGAGAAAUAAGCAUUUCCUAUUUGUUUCUUGAUCUAGGUUUGCUUUUUAUUUUUAUGAAAAACAAAACUAUUGUAUCAAUGUAUUAUGUUCUUUGACACAGGUAAUAUCUAGUUUUUAUGCACACAUAAUCAUAUUAAAUCAUUUAUUAGCAUUAAAUUGUCCUUAAUUUUGGUGUUUAUAUUUAUUACUUUUAUGCUUUGUUAUAUUUUGUGUGUGAGUGCUAAAGUUAUAGUGUAAGUAACAUGGAAAUUUUUAAGAAACUUUGCCUCAUCAGAAUCUGGUUAAGGCACUGGGUUCAAGAACUUUGCAGCAUCAAAAGUUAGCUGGAAACAGGACCCUUUGCAAAAGUGCAAACCAACUGUCCCUAGCAGCUAGCCCCCUAUUGACACCCAGCUUUGUGGUCUAGAGGAGAGUAGUAAAUAACUGCUUGGGAGUAGGGCGGGGGCCAUGCACAGUAGCAGAAGUAGCUGCUAAAAGGAGGUAGAAGGUAUACCAAAGGUGUCUAUACCCUAUACUCAGUAAAACUAACCACCUUGACCCUAAGGAAACCUGGCUUGUGUUUUUUGCCUAUAUAUGUCAACCCCAAAUGAGAAGCGGGAGCUCUCCCCAUUGCGCUGUGUCAUGAGUGGAGGCUUUGAGCUCCCAGCUUGCUGGUUUGAAUUUUGCCUGCUGAAUAAAACUUGCUUUUGCAUUCUGGA